UCAGACGAACUUUUGGUCUCUAAAAGCGAAAUUUAUUUCGAAAGAAUUUUUAAAAAUUUAAUAUCAGCAGAAGUGCUUAAAUAAAAUACUUUUUUAAGACAAUCGAAACAAUAAAACUCUAUAUCAAAAUGAGAAAAGUUUAUUCUUUAGUUUGUGCUGUUUUGUGUAUUGCUGUUGCAUCAGCAGUCAGUAUGCCAGCAAUUCAAUCUGGAACUAUUGAUGAAGUAGUUCUUGUUGAAAGCAUAGAAGAUUUCAUAAAACAAAAUCCAGAUGUUACUGUUACUCCAAUGAAUAAAGAAAUUCCAGCUGUUAAAGCCAAAGCUUUCGGACAAAAAGCCCCAAUUCGUUACACAAUGGGACGUCUCAGCUCAUCUGAUCGAGUAUUAUCGAAUGGACAAAAUAGCUACUAUUAUCCAACUUUACAGGAUGUUAAACUUCAACUUAGCUAUCCUCAAUCUGGCGUUGGUGGUAUUGUAACUUAUGUUGAAAUUAUUGUUGAACAAUCAUCUGGAAAUGGUCAAGCUUAUAUUGUUGCGGGACGUAUUGGCGAAAGAUUUAUUCGUAUUGUUGUAGAAGCUAAACAAACCUCAUAUUUUAUUUACAGAGCUGCAUUUUAUGGAUAUUAAAUUUUAAAAAUCUUUUAUAAAUAUCACAAGCAAAAUUUAGUUCAAAAGAAAAAAUUUAAAAAAUAAAA